GCGAUCCAACUUUAUCCGUUCGCUAUCGGUGCCAUCCUGUGGUCUGAGGCUCGGUCUUGGUUCCCUGCGAGGAUGCCGGCGGCCUCCUGUGCCGGGAAUACUGGCCUCGCGGGGGUCUGAGCAGGCGGAGGAGAGAGUCAUGCUCAGCCGCCCCAUGCUCUGCAUUCUGGGGAGUCCGGGCUGUGGGGCGCAGGCCGCAGCCCUGGCUGGACCCGGAGCUUUUCGACUGUUCGGUCGACCCGGACCCCCUACGCGAUCGGCGAUGCCAGUACCGCCCUUAGUAGAUGAGGCCCCUCCUUGGCGGGAAGUAUCGGAGUCUGGGACCCUAAUGGGCCGUACAGCUUCCCAUUGCUGCGGCCGCGCUGGGAGCUUGGGAGUCUGAGGCCCCUUCGGCAGGGAAGAUUGCACCCUGCUUGGGGUGGAGGUUUGCUGGUGUCUUCUGGGCUCCAGGUUUUCCCCCAGACACUUGUUGAGCUUGAGGAAGCCGGUCGGACUCCUCCUGUUGUCGUUUGAAAGCAUGCUUUGGCCCUUGUCCUUAGCUUUCAAAACUUUGUUAGCCACAAUGGUGCGCAUGAAUGUCCUGGCCGAUGCCCUCAAGAGCAUCAACAAUGCCGAAAAGAGAGGCAAACGCCAGGUUCUUAUUAGGCCGUGCUCCAAAGUCAUCGUCAGGUUUCUAACUGUGAUGAUGAAGCAUGGUUACAUUGGCGAAUUUGAAAUCAUCGACGAUCAUAGAGCUGGGAAAAUUGUUGUGAACCUCACAGGCAGGCUAAAUAAGUGUGGAGUUAUCAGUCCAAGGUUUGAUGUGCAACUCAAAGAUCUAGAAAAAUGGCAGAAUAACCUGCUCCCAUCCCGUCAGUUUGGGUUCAUUGUACUUACAACCUCAGCUGGCAUCAUGGACCAUGAAGAAGCAAGACGAAAACACACAGGAGGGAAAAUCCUUGGAUUCUUUUUCUAGGGAUGUAAUACAUAUGUGCAAAUAAAAUGGCUCAGUGGACUUUG